AUGGACCAAAUCCCCGCGAUCAGCGGGUGGAAUACCCGUGGGCCUCCUUGCAUUCGCGUUCCACUCACUACUGUAACGAACGGCGCUAAGGAGUACCUUGCACAUUUCCUCCCAUCGCUCCUUCGACACACCGACACCCUCUUUCCUCCUCGCGACUCGGCCCGGAUCGACGUCGCGCAUUCACGUCAGCUCGUCAACCUGAGACCCUGGCCCGGUUGUAGCGCAUUCAGAAAUUCAGAUUCGAUGCGCCGCGCGCCCAAACUCAGCCUGAUCUGA